GAGGCGCUGUCAGACUCGCACGUUCCCCAUCGCAUUACGUGAGCAAACAGCGGCGGAGCAGCCUGCCAGGCGGGCUUGUGUAACUUUGCAAAUGUGCCAGAAAGUUUAAAAUCCCUCAGCCCUCCUCCUCCCGCCUCCAGUCCAGACCCCAGAGAAAGCCGGAGGACGAUGAGAGGCGGGUCGCUUGCUGCUGCUGCUAUUCAGAGCCGUGCCCUGUAAACACCCCGGGAGCGGAGAAGCUCCCUCCUUUCGGAAGGUCUCUGCCUCCCCGGGCCGCCUGCGGGGAUCGAGCCUGGCUGCGGCCAGCGGCGUUUGGCGAGCGACCUUCGCGCCCGGCCGGGGCUCUUGAAGCGGGGAAGAUGCACGUGGCGCUGCCCGCGGCUUUGCUCGCCCCGCUGCAGGUGUGGCUGUACCUGAGCUGCACCUGGCCCGCCGGCUGCCAGCCGCCGCCGCGCCACAACCCGCCGGCGCCCGCCGCCUGGAGGCAGCGGAUUCAGUGGGAGAACAACGGGCAGGUGUACAGCCUGCUGAGCCUGGGCUCCCAGUACCAGCAGCCCCGGCGCCGGCAGGCAGCGGCCGCGGGCAGCCCCAUCCUGCUGCUCCGAAACAACGCCACCGCCCCGCGGGGGGCUGCUGCUGCUGCUGCUGCUGCUGAAGCCGGCGCUGCCCAGCCGCCGGCCGGAGCCGCCAGCAGGGGCUCGGGCGCUCGCCACUGGUUUCAGGCCGGCUACCAGCCGCCCCCCGGCGGCACCGCAGGGCAGAGGAGCCAGGGAGCCGCGAGCGGUUCAGCCAGGAGCCCUCCCCAGGGGGCGUCUCGGCCCAGCGCCCCCCACAGCUCAGGCGCCGGCUCCAGGAGGGGCAACAGCACCAGCCCCGGCGCUGGCAGCCCCCCGCCCCUGAGCAAUCUGAGAGCCGGCCGGGAAGAUGCCAUGGUCGGAGACGAUCCCUACAACCCCUACAAGUACACGGACGACAACCCCUAUUACAACUACUACGACACCUACGAGAGACCCCGCCAGGGCAGCAGGUACAGACCCGGCUAUGGCACCGGCUACUUCCAGUAUGGUCUCCCUGACUUAGUCCCGGAUCCCUAUUACAUCCAGGCAUCCACAUAUGUCCAACGGGUGUCCAUGUACAGCCUGAGAUGCGCUGCUGAGGAGAACUGCCUGGCAAGUUCAGCUUACAGGGCAGAUGUCAGAGAUUAUGAUGCUCGAGUGCUUCUGAGAUUCCCCCAAAGAGUGAAAAAUCAAGGCACAUCAGACUUCCUACCAAGCAGACCCCGAUAUUCAUGGGAGUGGCACAGCUGUCACCAACAUUACCACAGCAUGGAUGAAUUCAGCCACUAUGACUUGCUGGAAGCAGGCUCACAUCGGAGAGUUGCUGAAGGGCACAAAGCAAGUUUUUGUCUUGAAGAUACCUCCUGUGACUAUGGAUACUAUAGACGAUAUGCAUGUACAGCACAUACACAGGGACUGAGCCCUGGUUGUUAUGACACCUACAAUGCUGACAUAGAUUGCCAAUGGAUUGAUAUUACAGAUGUGAAGCCUGGAAACUACAUACUGAAGGUUAGUGUAAACCCCAGCUAUUUGGUACCAGAGUCUGAUUACUCCAACAAUGUAGUACGCUGUGAUAUCCGCUAUACAGGCCAUCAUGCAUAUGCCUCUGGCUGCACAAUUUCACCAUACUAAGAUGCAAGAAAAUGGACGAGUCAGUGCCCACUGUUUUGUACUGUAAUAUCAUUAUAUAAACUUCAGUAGGAUACGAACACUUUACAAAAAGCAAAAAAAUUCAACACAAACUUUUGUGUGGUUUUGAAGCAUAAUGGCUGCUUCAUAAAAUGUGUAACUGGAUUUUUAGCAUUCAAAUUGUCACUUAAAAAACUAUUGCAACGUGUGGGGUUGGUGAUUUAUGCACAGAUUUUCAAAUUCUAAAGGAAAUUAACUCAUUCACAGAAAAAUAAGGUUUUUUUGUGUUUUGUUUUAAACUCCACUGGAAAUCAGAGUGCAGAUAACAGCAGAGUUUGGUCAGUACACUAUCUGUGAAUGAGCUGUAAUCUCUUUAAAAGGUAGCAAAAAGUAUAGUACUAAAUAAAAUGCAGUAAGUAGUAGUAAUCCUGGCUAGCUCAAUGAAUGCCGGAACAAAGACCUUCUUGGGAGUGAUGCUCCUGCCAUUACAGUAAAAAUAAUUGGUUACAUUGGAUGCAGAGGAGAAAAGUAUCCUCAGUUUUCAAGGAAUAUUAACAUAUAGCAGAAAAACGUUCAUGUAUGCAUUAGUUACAUCCCAUAUACGAAAUUUAUGUUUAUUUUACAUUUUUAAUAUAUUAGUAGGUAAACCAUUUUCUCAAGCUGAAUGCAUACUGGGGCAUUGGCCAUAAGUCUGUUUUACUUUUGGAGUAGAAUUAAAGAAUUUAGCCACUUUUCUCUGUGAAUAGAGAUUUUCAAAAUGGGGGUCUUAAAAGGAUUAAUUCAAUGCGAGUAAAAUGAACUAAGAUGAACAGCUGUCCACCAGAAACAAGGCUUCUGAAAGCCACAUUGGAUAGUCCCUAAUAAUUAGUUGUACGAAAAAAAGGCAUGAAUUGAACAGGCUAACCAAUUACAACAACUGACAAAAGGCAAUCAGCUCAGAGGCACCACAAACAGAAAUAAGCCAAAAGACCUAUCAGGGUGUUCUUAUUGAGAAAAGGCCUUUUACUUGUAUUCUCAUUAGCAUUAUUUUACAGUUAGUACUGUACUUGAUUCUUAAUUGCAUAUUUGGCUAUUCAAAGACUGAAGCUUAAAAUAUUAUACAAUAUGUAUAGAAUAAUUGUUGGUGUAUGCAACAACACAGGAAGUACUUUCGUUAAGUCAAUCAUGAAAUAGUCAAAGUGAAAAACUUUCAGCCCAAAUUAACAAAAUAUAUUAUGCUGCUUACUGGUGGGGGUUCACAAAAGUAUGCAGUUGACCAAUUUAAGCUAAAGCAGCUGUGAUUUUUGUUUUUUAAACUGUGAAAUUAUUUCUCACAUUGUCCUGAUACUUCUUCCGAAGAUCACAGAUGGUGCAAUGCUCAACCUGCAGCCCACAACAUCUAAAGCAACAGCCAAAGCUCAAAACCUUUAGAGUUUUAAUGGUAUAUAUCUUUAUGUAUUUGUGUAGCUUGAGGAAUACUGGGGUGUUUUGUUACAAGGUUGGGAAAUAUUUUAAGCAAUAUUUGCCAUUAUUGCAUGCAGUAGAACCAUGCACAUUUAAUUUUGAAAUUGUGUUAGUUAUCAGAAUAUCCUUGAGGACUAUGGAUCAGCUAGUUAUUUCCUACAUAUAUUUUGUUGUUUUAAGAUUAUCAAAUGUUUCUGUCCAAAUCAGUCAUGUUCUGGCACAAUAAACCUAAACAACUGUAACAUCAACACUUAACCAGACUGACACUGAUGACCUAAGAACCAUUAACUCAUUGAGGGAAUGGCCCUUUACUCACUCACCUUUCACUUCUACAUGCAGGCUGGGUCCAGUUUACAUCUGCAGGCUGCUAAGUUUUCCAUUGGUUUUCCUCAUUUGGUUGGUAAAGAUCAUUUUAGUCACUCACCAAGUGGGUAUCUAACUCAAGCAAUAAAAAGUCUGAAAACUAGACUUGGCACAUUUUACUGUAGUAGGGCUCUAUGCACAUCAGCAGUUAAAGUUGUGCCAUUAUCUCUCUUUAAAAAGCACUAUUUUCAUGUGUUUAUAAUUGACUGUACCAGUAUGUUCCAGACUGAAGUUUGGCUUUUGAGGUCUGAGCUCCAGAACAAUUUUUGUAAAUGGAUUAAAAACAAAACAAACAAACAAAAACGCACACACACACACAAGCGUAUGAAUGAACAAAUGCAGGUACAUUUAUACCUCCUGCCAAAAGUGAUUCAGGCCAAAAUUUCCAACCUGGGAUGAAGGCUCUGAAGCUGCAGCUUCUUGUGUGUGGGCAACUUGUACACGUGCAGUUGCAUGGAAGUCAGUGGAUACAUCUACACUGCAAACAUGUACCCACUGCAGCAAGUCUCAGAGCUCAGACCUAGGCUGGUGCUACAGAGCUAAAAAUAGCAGUGUAGAUGUUCCUGUUUGGACUGGAGCUUGGGGUUUGAAACCUGGUGAGGGGAGUGAGUCUCAGAGCCCAAGCUGGCAUGUUUUAACACCAUAGCACAAGUCCUGCAAGCCUGGUUCUCUAGAGCUAGAUUCUGAGAACUGUUGGGGCCCAGGACAUUUUAGGCUCAGCAAUUACCGAGGCGCUGUGCAGCCAGGAGGCACUGAGGUGUGGUGUUUUAAGAGAGUAGUUCUGGGGGUAUUUACUCUGUAGAUGCCCUCAGAUCUGUGGGAUUUUCCUGUAGCUGUGGGCGCAUCUGCAGGGUUGGAGAGCCACACCCUCUACUUACCUCCCCACUGGAGGAUACCUCAAAAAUUGUGGAAGUUUAAAAAGGAAGUUUGCUGAGUAUCUUUGGCUCUUCUGUAGGAAGAUGCAUUCUGGCCUUUAGUGCAGAUGCUUGGGCUGCCAAAUGAUCCCCUGAUUUAAGAAUCUUUAAGUACUCAUUGACAUGAUAGGUUGGUAGGGCGCCAUCGACACCAUCAUUGGUAAAUGAACACAUUUUACAUGUAGAUCUGAUAGACAAUGGAAUUUCUUUUCUUUAGCUAAAUGCUGUACAAGUUUUAAAACAUUUGUUUUAAACAAUGGGAAAAGAAAUGAAAUUUGCACACUGUUCAAGAGUACACGAAUGGUCUUGCUUAAAUCAACAAAAGCUAAGAAUGUCAGAAUUAAAGUUGGAAAAAUUAACACAACCUGUUCUUAACUAAUCCUGCUGAGCUGUAAUGCAGGAGUAGAGAAAAGUUGAUUUACAAAGCUUAUGAGCGAAUGUUACUAAAUGCGGGGAGUUGCUGGCCAUAAUUCUCAAUAUCUUGGUCACUGCAGGUUUGAUCCAGAUACCUUAAGCCUACUUUUUUCAUGCUGCAAUAUAUUUAAAGGGAAUGCUUGCUUUUUUGUAGGAAAUCUUUAUACAUUGUUUUGAUGUAAGAGUUUAUUUUAUAAAACAAAUUUUAUUGUGUAAUCAUUGUUAACAGGCUUUGGGCCUAUUCCUGUGGUCUUUGAAAAGGAGCUUUGCCCUUGAUCUCAAAGAGCGUAAGAUCAGUCCAAGCAUUUGCAAAAUUUCAGAAGUACAGAAAUGCUUCUCUUACAGUUUCAAAUUUCCUUUGAAAAUGUUAGAGCGUGCAUGAAGCAAUUACCUCCCACAUUUCAGGUCUUUAGAGAAAUGUUGCAUAUAAGGAAUAUUCCCAUGCAACAGACUCAUUACAAGACAGCUUUGCUAUAUUUGUAAAAUCUUGAAAUACAUGUUUGAUAAUAGGUGCAUAUUUCUGGACAAAAGUAUUAAAAGAAUGAGAGAUUGGUCAGCGGUUGAACCAACAGAUCAUGUAGAUGAUAUUUUUUAUGUUGCACACCCAAGUUUACUAUGUAGUAUUGAAUGGUGCGUUCACCAAAGUUUACCUUCAUAGUCCUUUUAUAUAUCUGUUUUUUCAGUUGUACCUGUUCAUACCAAAAGGGUUAUUUUCAUUCAUAAAAUUGAAAGCAGUCUGUCCUGUGCCUCACAUUAUGCCAAAUAUGUAGGGUCUUUUUACAUUCCCCAGAUUAAAAAAGGUGCUGAAAUAACUUGAAUUAAAACCAAGAAGUGUAUGCUAAUAGGAGGUUAUUUUUUGUUGUUGUUUUAGCAACUAAAUGCUACAAAUUCAGUGAAAUGCCACUUGUUUUUGCAAUUUCUUGAAGGAGUUUUCAAUGUUUCCUUCACUGUUUUCCAAGAAUCUUAAUUUUAAAACCUCUAUCUUUAUUUGAAGAGCUUUUAUUUAUAAUAUUCAGACACUAGCUUUGUAUUCUUCAUUGCACUUUCAUAUUCUUGUGUUACAUUGCCUGUAUUAUGGUUGCAAGUUUAUGUGAAAAUGACUUGAAUAAAAUGUUUCAAGUGUU